CAUGCGCGGUGCCUCUCACUGCCAGCUAACCAACGUUAUUGAUUGCAGCUUGUGGGGACAAAAGCAGAUAUUUAAUACACUUAAAUAGUGAAAUGUUUCGUAGAAAACUGACGGCUCUGGAUUACCACGAUCCCAGCGGAUUUGAAUGCUCAGAUGAAACACACUUCAGGAACUGCAUCGUGUGGCUGGAGGACCAGAAGAUUCGACAUUACAAGAUUGAAGACCGAGGGAACCUGAGAAACAUCCCCAGCUCGGACUGGCCCAAAGCCUACCAGCAGUACUUGCAGGACCUGAACUGCCCGUUCGGAGAGCCGGAGAGGCGGGAGGCGCUGGACUGGCUGCUGGGCCUGGCCGUGCGCUACGAGUAUGGAGACAACGUUGACAAGUAUAAGAACUGCCCACCACUGGCAGCCUCAGGGAACAGUGAUAAAGCGGUGGACCCCCUUGUCAACCUCGAUGGUAAUUCUCCAGAUUUCAAAGCAGGGGUGACGGCUCUGGCCAACAUCCUGAAGAUCCAGCGACAUGACGAUUACCUGAUCAUGCUGAAGGCGAUUCGUAUCCUGAUCCAGGAGAGACUCUCUCCCGAGGCCAUCACCAAAGCCAGCCAAAACAAAGAGGGUCUCCCUGUGGCUCUGGACAAGCACAUCUUGGGUUUCGACACUGGAGACGCCACCCUGAACGAGGCGGCUCAGAUCCUGCGCCUGCUGCACAUCGAGGAGCUGCGGGAGCUGCAGACCCGGAUCAACGAGGCCAUCGUGGCCGUGCAGGCCAUCAUCGCCGACCCCAGGACGGACCACAGGCUGGGCAAGGUCGGCAGAUGAGAGGCUCGCCGGAGGAAGUGCGGGAACCGACCGCGGGAGUUUUUGCUUUGAUUCUUCUUUUUUUUUUUCUUCUUCAGAGAAAAAGCCUUUUUUUUUUUUUUUUUUUUUUUUUUUUUCCAUUUCUGGUGUUUGACUGACUAAAAUGAGUUUGCAGUUUUUCCAUUGUUGCAUGAAACGAGGCGGUGUGAGCAACCACGAGCAGCGGUCCCGCCUUUAGGUUCCUGGUCUGAGUUUUUGUACACCAGGACGGCCAAAACCGAUGCCUAGUAGUAGUAGUUCUCGUCUCUGAUACUCUGCUGCAUCCUUGUUGGGAAAGAAGCAGCUGAAGGUUGUUUGUUUCUUCCAGAUGACUGAUUUUUUUUUUUUUGCAGAUGCAAUAAACGUUUAUUUCUCA